UAUUAUCUGAUAUGCUUUACAAUCCAAAGCUCUCCCGUUGCUAAGUUGUAAAGAGUGUUUUUCAGAAAUGCUUGACACGCGUUUGUUAAUCCCUGUCCUUCAGAGCCUUGCUGUGGUGUUGAACUAUCACGAGUUUUGCGAAUCCUGUUGAUUGCAAACGUUGAACGUUGAACGUUCAAUUCGGAAUCCUUUGUCCUUCGUAUCACAGUAUCUACGGUUUUCGUACCUUUUUCUUCUUAUCUUCAGCGGUAACUGAGCUUGAAUAUUGCCAUUCUUCCUGAUGUCUAGGGGAACAAUAACCAUAACUGUUAAAAUUUUAAAGAUAGCUAGUUUUGUCUUGUUGCUUGUUGGUAUCGCUUUAUACUUCAACAUUGGAACACAUUUAUAUCAGAAAGAACUUCGUCAAAGCAGGAGCAUUGAUCGAGAAUCCGACCUCAAAAGGCUGCAAGCUGCAUAUGAUGACGUGGAUACCGCGCUACUUUUCAUUGGCUAUCCCAGGAGUCGCCACACAAUUGUGUCUGCGAUCCUGGACGCUCAUCCAAACAUAAUGCUGUCUAAUGAGAUGAACUUGAUAGGAACCUACGGAAGGUUUCCUGGAAUGAGUAAGACCGAGAUGUUUGAUAAAAUCACUGCUCUGUCUUACCGCCUGGCCACCAAAGGUCGCAGAUCUUUGACAAUGCAGGGAAACGCCACAUUUUACGUAAAAACAGGGUACAAAGUUCCAAAUCAAUGGCAGGGAACGUUUGAUGGGACACUCAAGAUUCUGGGAGACAAGGUGGGAUGGUUUACUGCUGCGUACUUAGCCAAGGAAUCGGGCAGAUCGCUCCUGAAACAAAUUGAAGAUGAUUACAACCUGAAGGCCAAAUUCAUUCACGUGAUUAGGAAUCCAUUUGACAACAUCGCAACACUAGCUAUGCGUCUAUUGGGCCUGAGGACGGGAGAGCACACACAGAAGCACAACAUUUCCAAGGAGAUUGAUAGCAGUAUAAAACGAUAUUUCGGUAUCGCUGGGAACUGUCAGGCGACAAAGGAAGCAUUCGGAGACAGAGUCCUUGAUAUCAUAGGCGAAGAUUUUGUUCGAGACCCACCGAAGCACCUUCGGAAAAUCUGCGACUUCCUAGAAAUCACGUGUACCGAAGAUUACAUACAUGAUUGCUCGUCAAUAAUUGAUCCUGUUCCGUCCAUGACCAGAUCCUUUGUGGUGUGGACACCAGAGCAAAUCAAAACGGUGUACACCUCAAUGCAGUCACUAGAAUUUCUACAGAAGCAGUCGUACACCUUUGAAAGUUGAACCGAAUGGAGUACAAACAGGACGACAUUACACCUUCAAACUUCAGAUUUUCAUCAUCAGUCAUCUUUGUUUCUACUUUAACCUUCAUCCUACUAUUUGCUAUCAAAGCUACCCGAACGUUUAAACUUAGGAUAAAUAUUAGGACGUAGAUAUUUGGGUUUCCUAGACUGCGGUGAGACUGGCCCGAGCAAACCAGAUCUCAGCAAAGCCCAUGGCCAGAAUGGAUUCUGGGAGCAUGCAACGGUGUUAGUUUAAGAAAAUCUUAACUGAAAAGCAGUUUAAGUUCCGAAAUAUACCUAAUGGUUCUCUUUAACUGAUCCUGGGGAUUUAAGUUGGUAUCUCUGGGAGUGGUUUGAAUACGAAGUGCUUAGUUUUAGUUUAAAUCACCUGGGCGUCGCCAUGUUUACUUUAUCGUAAAUUAUGACGUCAUUGCGCGGUCAGAGAUCUCAUGAUGAACAUUUCUCGUCGGAACUGUACAAAUUCAUCCGAAAUAUGAACUCUAAACGAUAAAGAAGCACUUUUAUAUCUCAUGAUUCACGCAAUGCUGCAUUUCAAAAACGUCCAACCGCGCUAUGACGUCAUAAUCUCCCAUCAAGCUUUGCAAAAAUAAUCUUGGGGGAACGCGGGAAAUUUAAAAUCCUAAAAUAGCAGAAGUGGGACGCCCAGCAUUUAAAACAGGCUAAGAAUUAUCUACUAUAAAUCACAGAAACUUUAACUCAAACACCAACUUGUGAUCUCGAACAAAACCGUAUUUUUUAGUCCAGGUUCCCUUAAACGCAAUAAAUGAUUAAACACUGGGUGGCUUUUAAUAAUUCUCGUAGGCAAGAUUAUCCAUAACUGUGAACAGGAGCCAUAAUCGGGGACAGAGACCGUAAGUCUUGGGAUCCGCGCGCACCUAUGAUAUGGAACAAUUUUUCUAUUUUUAGAACAAAUUGCGCCAUCCAGACGUCAUAUUUCCGCGCGGAUUCACGUACAUGUCGGGGGCUCUCGCGUGGAUGUUGUCACGUUGCGUGAUCAAAUGGUGAGAGUUGCCGGAGAGAUUCUCUUGCGUAUUUUUCACAGCGAUGGCAGGGCAUAAGGUAGGUAAUACGAACCAGGGCGCUUACAUGUAGUUUUAUGCUCUGAGCUAACGGAAAAGGUGGGUUUUUCAGGGUCGAAAACAAGACUUCAAUCUCGCGGUGGGAAUGAAUAAUAAGAU